AUGUGGCGUUUGGAUUCGAUAUCUUCAAAAGCUUCGAUGGAUCCUUCUAGAGUUGAAUGGUCGUAUACUUAUAAUAGAAAGAAAAUAUCGAAUGAAAAUGGCACUGAAUCGCCACUUUAUAACGGUGUUAUGAAACAGUUAACGGUUCCGGAAGAUUGGUGGGUUGAAGAUUUGUGUGAUCUUCAUAUCGAUUUGUAUAAAAUAGUCAUAAUAACGAUUAAGGCGAAAGGAAGAGUAAGCCUUGAUGUUGUUGGUGAAUCUUUAAAAGCUUAUUUGCACAGGAAGUUAAAGAAAGGGGAUGAUGUAAAAAACCAUUUGUUGAUUGAAACGAUUCUCUUUUUAAUACCAACAGAAAGAAAUAGCGUUUCUUGUGAUCUUUUGAUUCAGUUGUUGCAAGAAUGUGUUCGAUUAGAUUGUGGGGAAAUGCAAAAGGAUAUAUUGGUCAAACGGAUUGGUCAACAGCCGCAGAAUGCAUCGGUUGCUGAUCUUGUGGAUGUUGACAUCGAUUUGGUUCAAGAACUCGUGAAAACGUUCAUGAUGCAGGAUCAGGUUGCCGAUCACGGUGAUGAACACCGCUUUCUAGAAGUCAAGUUUGUUGACUCGGGAGAGAAAGUCAAAGUCGCUAAGCUUAUUGAUUUGUACCUCGCUGAAAUUGCUAGAAACCCCGAUUUACUCUUAUUAAAGUUUACCGAUCUUGCUGACAAGGUGUCGACUCUAUCUCGGCCUUCACACGGUGAGCCAGGUGGUGGUGGAUACGGAUGGCGGAGACAAGCUCCGGUCGUCAGAAAACAGGUGGUGAGGGGGUGA